GUUUCACAGAUGAUCGCAGAGCCUUCUCUCUGCGGAUCUCGGCUGGGGCUGCGUCAUGGAGAAGAGGGCGGUUUCGUGUCACGCUAGGAUGAAAGACCAGGCGAUAAUUAUCGGCCAUGCCCUCGUCGCGGGUGAUUCACAAGAACCACGAAAAAGGAGCCGCGAGGACGAUCAGCUUGACACCUACUCCGGAGUACACCUGAUAUUCAGGACAUGAUUCAGACUCGUUCCUAGUGAACAUGUUCGGCCAGUUUCGCGUCCGGUCUUUUUUCCCUCUUUAUCUUUUCUGCUGCGCGCUCGUCGGCCUGUUUGUCUGGGGACUUUGGUUCGGCGUCAAUUCAGAUCGUGAUAAUGUCCCGGCGCUGUUGAAUCAUUUGAUUCCGGCUGGUCACUGCGCCUGUCAAACCGCGCUGGAUUUCAAGUGCGACACCUGUCUCAGCUGCGCGGCGGAAGCGCCCACGUCUUCCCUAACCGAGAGUCGGAACUAUAAUCCGGUCUACGACGCACAUAAUCUAUCCCUCAGCGAUGCGCAAUGUCAGGGGUUCUUCCCAGGCCUGUUCGAAGACAUCCAUCGCGCCGAAAAGCUAUGGAACACUCGAGGCGGAAUCAGCAUGGAGGACCUGGACAACAUCGAGCUAGUCGAUAGCAUGGCGCGGGCGGUCAUCGUCGACGGACAAUUAUAUGUGAAGGCGACGCGAGCGCACAACGACGAUCAUCGACGAAAGAUCCUGGCAACACUCAGCGCGAUUCAUCGGGCUCUGGUGACGAGUCCCGACACAACGCUUCCACCAACAGAAUUUGUGUUUUCUGUUGAAGACAAGCUGGACGAUGUGGCUGGACCUCAUCACCCGCUUUGGAUCCUGGCCCGGAAACCAGACGAGGAGUCUGUCUGGCUGAUGCCGGAUUUCGGCUUCUGGUCGUGGAAUAACGGCCACACGGAUAUGCCGAUCGGGCCGUACGGUCUGGUGGUAGAUCGCAUCGUUCGUCGAGAGGAGAAUGAAUUUCCCUGGGACGAGAAGGAGAAGAAGUUGGUGUGGCGAGGGAAGUUGAGUUUUGCGCCCAAGAUGCGACGAGGCUUGUUAGAAGCAGCGAGGAACCAGCCCUGGGGCGAUGUCAAGGAGGUGGAUUGGCACCGGAAGGAUAACUUCAUGACGAUGGAGGAUCAUUGUCGGUAUCGAUAUAUCGCUCACGUCGAAGGUCGAUCGUAUUCCGCCUCGUUGAAGUACCGACAAGCAUGCAAGUCCGUGGUAAUCGCACACAAACUCCAAUUCAUCCAACAUCACCACUACCUUCUCGUAUCGUCCGGCCCAGACCAGAACUUCGUCGAAGUAGAGCGGGACUUUUCCGACCUGCCGGACAAGAUGCAAGUCCUGCUCGACGACCCAGCACUAUCGGAACGAAUUGCCAACAACAGCAUCGCCACCUUUCGCGAUCGAUAUCUGACUCCAGCGGCUGAAGCAUGCUACUGGCGCAAGCUGCUCGAUGGAUGGGCAUCUUCUUCGCAGAACAUCAGCAAGGCAAUCAACUCGUCAUCAAUCACGAACGAGGUUUUGCGAUUCGAAUCAUUCCUAUUACUAGACAGCCCGGCGAUGAUGGAUUUCUCAGGUACCUAUACUACAGCAUGA